AUGUUUGCUGCCCUUUCAAGCCUUGCUGUAGCCUCAGAUGCAUCCACUUCGCAGGACCAACCUGGAUACGCAACCUUCAUCCAGUCCACUGCGCAUGGUAAUCUCACAUUUUCCCUGAGUGCUGUGAACAGUACUGGCGAUACCUACAUACACCUUUCUGGACCCACAACAUACCAAUGGAUCAGUGUUGGCACAGGCUCGAAGAUGGCUGGCAGCGUGAUGCUGAUUGUGUACAGGAAUGAGUCUGCAAACGGGAUAACACUCUCAACGCGCCUGGCCAGCGGAGAGAAUCAGCCUGAUUACAGUUCCCAAAUCGACUGUAAACUCCUAUCUGGAACAGUAGACAAGGAUGCCCAGUCCAGUACCAUGAAAGAGCGCAGCUCAUCUUCUUCAUCCUCAUCAUCCGACUUCUUCUCCACAAACAUCCAUUGUACCAACCUCCAAUCUCUCGGCCAACACGACGGCACCCUCUCCUUCGCAAACCAGCAGCAAAACUUCAUCUACGCCCUGGGUCCUUCAGCGUCCUCUUCUAACUCGCUCUCGAGCAACUCCCCCUUGGCAAACCUCCAACAGCACAGCUCAACCGGCAAGUUCUGGGUCGACAUGGUCAAUGCAACGUCUGUCUCGUCGACAAGCACCAACGGCAGCCAGGUGGGCGUGCCGAGCGGCGCAGCGCUGCUGACUGCCCAGAAUACAGGAACAGGUGGGGGCAGUGACGCCAUGAGCGCUGUGCAUGCAGCAUUCAUGCUUCUUGCGUUCGUCAUCGUGUUCCCGCUUGGCGCCGUCCUGCUUCGCUGGACCAAGAACGGAGUUAGGGCGCACUGGAUUGUGCAGAGCGCAGGUUUAGUGCUCACGAUAGUCGGGGGAGGCCUUGGUAUCGCUCUUAGUGAGCAGAAUGAUGAUCAAUCAUCCUACUCGAGCGCCCACCAGAUCCUUGGUCUUAUCGUCUUUGGUCUCGUCUUUGUCCAGUGGGCUCUCGGCAUGUGGCAUCACUUGCAGUACAAGAGAUACCAGCGGCCUACGGUAUUCGCAAAGAUCCAUCGUGUUGUCGGCCCGGUCAUCUUGAUCAUAGGGUUUGUGAACGGGUUCCUCGGAAACAAUCUCAGUGGUGAUGAUGACCACAACAAGUGGCAGGGUGCUGUUGUCGGUGUUGUUGCAGUGCUUAUAAUAGGGCUACUAGGAUGGAAGGAGUUGAAAAGGAGGAAGAUGGAAAAGAGGGGAGAGGCAUUUAAUAUGAGGCCUACUAUCCGAAGGAGUGAUGAGGCUGAUGACUCCGAGGAUGCCAAAGAAUAA